AUGAAGUUCUGCCCAGAACCUCUGGCAGGGCGCACUAGCACCCGCCGCCUGAAGGAGGAGGCCUGGGGCCUGACGGGAGCUGCCCGGGAGCCCCCGACACGCAAGCGGCCUGGAGGGGGGCGCACCCGGGGUAGCCCGCGCCGGCCGCCCCGCCGCGCCCCUCUGCCCGCCGGCCGGACGGGGAGGGCUGCCCGCUCCGCCGAGGGGGCGCGGGGAGGGGGGCGCGCUCCGGCUUGGGCCCGGCCGCGCGCGCGCCGCCGCUCGGGCUCCUUUGUUCUGGGGCCUCCGCCGCUCAGCUCCGUCGGCUCCGCAGCCCCCGCCCCGCCCCGCCGCCUCCGCCCGGCUAGGCUACACUGUGACCCGCAGCACCCCCGCCCUGUCCCCCGCAACAAAGCACCGACUGCACCGACCUGCCCGCCGCCUCCGGGGCGGAGCGCACAAAGGGGCAAAGUUUCCCGGCCCGCACCGCCGCCACCACCGUCGCGGCCGCCGCCGCCGCCUGGGGCGCCCGCCUCCUGGAGCGCCUGGCCCGGCCGAGCUCGGCGCACGGAGCCCCCCGCCCGGGCCGAGGAGGGGACGGCGCAGGAGGAAGGAAGAGGCAGCGGCGGCCGCGGCGGCAGCAGCAGCAGCAAUGAAGGCGUCCGCGGGACUCCCCGCCCCCCGCGCGCCGCGGCACGUGCUCGCCCGGGGACUCCCCCGCCCGGGAGGGCGCGCACGUGCGGCCCCGCCGAGCCCCGCCGGCCCCGCCGCCGCCCCCUCCGCCGGGUUCGGGGCUACGCGAGGGGGGAGUUCCGCGGAGGGGGAGGGGACGGCGCGGGCGGCCCUCGAGCGGGUGGGGGCAGGGCCCGGCCCGAUCGCCGCGCCUUUGCACCUGCAGUACCUCCCCUCCUCCGCGGUCAGUCUCCCGGGACUCGGCCGCCCUCCUCGGGCUGGCCGCCCCCGCCCUCCACCGCUUCUGCAGCCCUGGCGGGCGCGGCGGGCAGCGCGGGGUGGGGCACACGGACCUCCCAGCCUAGGCCCUCGGCGGAGCGGGCCUCGGUGUCCCCACUUCCUGCCACUCCCUGUGGACCGAGCAGUGUGGGACGGCCCCGUUGCCCCCAGGAGCCCUGAGCUCCGGCCCCGACUGACUCCCCUCUCCUGGCCGCCGCUCGCCCAUUCCAAGGCAGGACAAUGAGGGACAUCGUGCGUCUGCGUACCGAGUCAGCCUGGCGGGCAAGGAGGGGAUACCCGCGAGCAGAGGCCGCGGGCCAGCCGGGAGGCACCCUUGCGGGGGUCACGGCCGAGCGCCCUACCCAGGCGGACCCAGGGGCCCUGCCAUCGCGAGCCUCCCCCGCGCCGCGCUCGGCUCUUUCGCGUCGAAAACAAAGACUAAUCCGAUACCCCCGCCCUGCCUCCCAGAGGAGGGGGAACAGGCGCGUCGCGGAGGGUAACUGAGGAGGACGCGUACAGGAGGGGCUCGGACAUACUACGAGUGGGCCGUGGCGCAACCGAGCCCUGUAACCCGGCACAGACACUUUGAAAAGUCACCCUGGGCUCUUUUCCAGGCAGGAGGCAAGGGGCAAGACCUAAGAAUAUUUCCAAGUUGCCAAA